GAUACGCAAUUGGAUCGCUUCUUUCGGGCGUUUGAGGGGUUCAAAUACGACCCAUUCACUACGUCCUCUUUCAGCUUUGCGCAGCUCAAAGAGUACCAUGGUGACCGCAAGAGCUACCAAGAGAUCGAAGCUCUAAGUAAACGUUUUCACAAGGCCAUCGACAUAGAGCUAGAGGAUCUGUACGGCAGCAGUAACGAUCUAGCUGCAUGGCAGGCGCUAUGCCGUGCCGUG